CACACGCACACACACACACACUGUAACACUCGGACUUGUGAGAGAGUUGUCUGCCGAGUAGUACGACCCUGGCACAUUCUUGUCGGGAGUGGACGAAACCCGAACGAAAAUUUUACCCUUUGCUUAACAUUCCCUAAAGCUCCUUGAGGCCGACCCGAGAUCUAAAUGAAUAUAGUAUGGAAAUGGCAGGGGUGUGUGCUGCCAGGGUCUGCGCUAGACUCUUACAUCAUGCCCAGACUUCUGCCAUUCACAGACCCAGGGCUCCAGUUUUAAGACAAGGUUUCUUACUCACACAUUCACCUGCCCCAGUUAGACAGGCAAGCUCCUCCUCAACAUCACAAGUUGAAAAUGGAAAAAAUACAGAUCCCUCUCAGGAUCUUAUCAUCAGUUCAUCAUGUGUGACCAGACUGAAGGAAAUAAUCCAGGAAGACAACCAGUCCUUUCUGAGAGUGAUUGUUGAGGGAGGUGGCUGCUCAGGAUUCCAGUAUAAAUUUGACCUGGACACUGUAGUGCAGGAUGACGAUAGAAUAUUUGAACAAGAUGGAGUGCGGGUAGUAAUUGAUGAAACAUCACUAGACUUUGUGCGAGGGUCUACUAUAGAUUACCACACAGAGCUGAUACGAGCAGCAUUCAGGGUCACCAAUAAUCCUCAGGCUGAAGGAGGUUGUUCAUGUGGAGCCUCCUUUGCAAUAAAACUGUAGAUUGUAGUUCAGAUAUGUAUAUACAUUAUUAUAUUCUAUAUAUUUGUAUUUUUAUAUUUAGCUUUCCAAAGUUGAAAACAAUGUCAAAAUUGGCUGAAAACCACAGUAAACUGAUAAAAUUAAGACAAUCUAAGCAGGCUGAUAUCCCUUUUAAAGGGAGGUAGCCAAGACAAGGCCAUGCCUUGAAUCAUUGUGAUAAAUAUACUGGAAGAGAUUCCUAGUCCUCUCACUUGGUUCAUUUCCUUAUUUCUUAUUAUGUGUGGGGAAUAUGGUAACUAUCCUCCACUACAGGAGAACACUAAGACAAGCUUCGAAACAGAUCAACACAGUUGGUUUGGGUGAAAAGAUAGAGAUUGUACUGUAAGUAAAUAUUUAUUUAAUGGUUUUCUUUAAUAUCUAAAUUCAGUCUCCACAGCAAAUGUAUCAAUAGUACAAUUGUAUCUUGAAAUACAUUACUGUAUAUCUUUGUAACUCAUAAAUUAUAAGUGAAUAUAUACAUACACAGUA